AUGACUCGAGUGACUCCAAGGUGGAACUAUUCCGAGAUUCUCUAUUAUCUGCCGCAUCAUCCGGUAAUUAGGGAGAGCAGCCUGACAACAACGCUGAGAGUCGUAUUUAACGGUUCAGCCAAGACGACGUCUAAGCUUUCUUUGCACGAUCUGCUCCAUGAGGGACCCAAGUUACAGUCUGAGAUUUUUGGUGUCAUCACUCGGUGGAGGAGGCAUCGAUACGUGUACUCAGACGAUGUCACUAAAAGUUUCAGACAAAUUUUGGUGUAUCCGGAGGAUCCAGAUCUCCAGAGGAUUCUUUGGAAGAAUAGCUCAGAGGAGAUCAUCGAGUACCAGCUAAAUACGGUAACCUAUGGGACCAGAUCUGCAACUUAUCUGGCCAGCAGGACUUUUAGGCAGCUGGCAGAGGAUGAGGGAGAUCGGUUUCCGGAGGUCAGGGAUGUUAUUCUGAAUACGACAUAUAUGGAUGAUGUGUAUGGAGACUCGGACACUGAAGAAGGUUGCAAGGCUCAGGUUAAUGACGUGAAUAGGGUUUUCGCGUCUGGAGGGAUGCUGUUGCAGAAGUGGACUUGCAACAAACCGGAGCUACUCUGUGAUAUUGCUGGUACGGUGAACGAGUCAUCGACGUUGUCGAUUGAUGAUCAGGAGUUGCAUAGGACUCUCGGGCUCAGCUGGGACUCUCUUCGUGAUGCUUUCUUUUUCUCCUUCAAGGCCUAUGAGAAUGUAGAACGACUAACUAAACGUAUUGUUCUGUCACAGGGGAAGCUCUUCGUUCAGGAGCUGUGGAAGGAUCAGAUGGGCUGGGACGAUCAAUUGAGUGAGGAGUUUGUUAAACAUUGGAGACGUUUUGCUCAAGAGAUUGAUGAUUGGAAGGAAGUUAGAGUACCGAGGCAUCUUGGCACUGGUGAUUCCACCAUUCGUACAGAGCUGCAUGGAUUUGAAGACGCUUCUGGGGUGGUUUAUGGAGUUGUGGUGUAUCUGAAGGCUACUGGGUCUGAUGGUGAGGUACACAUUUCACUAGUAUCGUCGAAGUCCAAACUUGCUCCGAUACGUGAGGGGAAGAGACAGGGUGGUAUCAAAGUCACCAUUCAAAUGUUGGAGCUGAUGGCAGCAUCGCUAUUGUCUCGUCAUGCAGUAUCGGUGUGUAAGACAUUGGGGAUCGAGAGCAUAGAGAUGAACUUGUGGACAGACUCUUCGGUUGCUUUAACCUGGAUCAAGUCUGAGGCUUCGAAAUACAAGCAAUUUGUGAAGAAUCGUUUCGGUGAGAUUCGGAAGCUGGUGCCUCGAGCUGUGUGGGGACAUGUGCCUAGGGACGAGAAUCCUGCAGAUCUGGUAUUCAGGGGGAUAUCCGGGAAGAAGCUAGCCUGUUCUCAGUUGUGGUGGACUGGUCCUUCCUGGUUGAGGGAGGGUCAGUCGAGUUGGCCGGAGCAGAGUGUUUCAGUUGCUGAGGACGAGGAUUUGGAGAGGAGGAACGUGUCGGCGCAUGCUGCUUCUGCGGCGGUGAUGGUCGAGGCUUGA